AUGGCAUCAAGUGCGAUUCUAGUUGUUGGUGCAAGCAAAGGUAUAGGUAAAGCUUUAGUCAUCCUCCUUGCAAAAACCUAUCCAUCGCAUCAAGUCUUUGCCUUCUCACGCGCAAUUUCUUCUCAGCAAUCAGAAUUCAGCUCGAUUUCAUCAAAUAUUCAAUGCAUAGAUGCAGAUUCUUCUACAACAGAAGGUGUAAAUACAAUCCUUCAGGCAGUUACUCAAAGAGUUAAGUUUCUCGUCUAUGGUGCAGCUGAUGUUGGCCCUAAAUGGGAUGAAAAUAUCACCCCAGAAGAUUUUGAUAGGAACAUGAACGUAAAUGCAAGAGGGGCAUUCUUUAUAACUCGUGGUCUUCAGCACCAAUUUGAAGAAAAUGCGAAAAUAUUAUUUAUCACUACUGGCUGUGGAAGAUUUUAUGCCAUUCCAACUCCUCUCUACUCAAUCUCCAAAGCUGCAUUUAAUAUGAUCGCUGAGAUCAUGAAAAAAGAAAUCCACGGAGCAUCUGUAGGACUUGUUGAGCCUGGCUUGGCAAGGACAAAUAUGUACCGCAUGGCUUCAGAAAAAGCUCCAGGGCUAGGUAGCCUUGCUACCAUAAGUCCAGAAAUAGUAGGGAAGUUUCUGUCAUUUUUGUUAAGUGAUAGAGUCAACGGAGAGGAGUUUUCUUCACAUAUAUGGGAUAUUUAUGAUACCCAACAUCAUAGCAGAUGGCACGAAGCUGGAGAUGAGGAGUUAAUAAGUCCAUUUUAA